AUGUACGCUCAGCGGCCUCUGGCUUAUGCUCCUACUCCAUACAGCUAUACUCCUAAUACAACUAGGUCUGCGUCCAUCAAUUUAGAUGAGGAAGUGAAACUCGCCUCAAGCUCAGCUGAGCGCGACCUUUACGAGUCCCUAGCUGAGAUCUACAGUAUUAUAGUGACGCUUGAUGGACUAGAGAAAGCCUAUAUCAAGGAUGUUGUCACAGAAGCCGAAUACACUGAAACAUGUACUCGACUUUUGAAGCAAUACAAAUCCAGCCUGGGUGACGACACUGUUGCCAGGGCAUUUGUCGACCUAGAGACAUUCAAGCGGACAUGGGAUCUCGAAUGUCCACGUGCCACCGAACGUCUUCGUAUAGGAAUGCCCGCGACAGUCGAACAGGCCUCACACAGUGGUCCUUCGACCAACAAAGCUCCCGGAACAACUGGAUCUGCUGGCGGCACAUCUGGUAGUCUAAUUCUGACGGCUACGGAGAACUUCAUCACCUUCCUCGAUGCACUCAAACUGAACAUGGUCUCUAAAGACGCACUUCACCCGCUGCUCUCUGAAGUCAUCCAGUCAGUCAACAAGGUGACGGAUGCAGAUUUCGAAAACAGAGGAAAGAUUAUUCAAUGGCUGAUCACAUUGAAUCAGAUGCGGGCGACCGAAGAGCUGAGCGAAGAGCAAGCCCGGGAGCUUUCGUUUGACAUCGAGUCGGCGUACCAGGGAUUCAAGUCAACACUGGAGUAA